AUGGAUCCGAAGAAAAUCUCGGUCGCGCAGUUUCGGGCCGAGUUAAAGAAGCGAGGUCUACCGAUCGGUGGAACGAAGGCAGAUUUUAUCGCUCGAUUGGACAAAGACGACCCAAGUGGCGGAUGGGUGAACGAAAUGUACAUCGACGUUCCGGAGACCAGCCUGGCGGAGGCCGCGCGGGCGGAGGUCGCGCAAGCGGAGGCCGCGCUGACGGAGGCCGCGCUGACGGAGGCCGCGCUGACGGAGGCCGCGCAGGCGGAGGCCGCGCUGACGGAGGCCGCGCUGGCGGAGGCCGCGCUGACAAAGGCCGCGCUGACGGAGGCCGCGCUGACGGACGACGGGGUGGAGAACGCCGACGAUGAAGGAAACGACGAGGAAAGGUCGAGGAGUCUACGUAUACAAGGUAGGAUAACGCAUUCCGGAAGCGGCCGACGAUGUAUAGAGGCUAGUCAAAGAAAUGACGAUCUAGAUAUCGCGCAGUUCGAGAAUCGAUAUCGUGACAUGCAACUAGAGUUCGAGAACGAAUUGCUAAGACGAGAGAUCGAUAUCACUAGACGAAAGAACGAGCAACUGCGACGAUCUACACCGCCGCCAAUGGAGGAAAUACCCAGAAGAGAAAACAUCAGCGCCAUGUUAGAGCUAGUAGAAUUUUUUGACGGAACUGCAGGCAUGUUUAGAAGAUGGGAACAGCAAAUCAGGCAACUGUGUGUCGCUUAUCGACUUGACGACGAUCGCGCAAAAUUACUCGUUGGCAACAAAUUAAAAGGAAAGGCGAAAAGUUGGUUUCAGACGGAAAAUACAAUCGCCAUGAGUCUCGACAAAAUAAUGGACGGUUUUAGGAUAAUGUACGACCAUUGCCCGUUACGUGUGACGCUGAGAAAAAAAUUUGAGGCAAGAGAAUGGAAACAGUCCGAAAGCUUCGCGGAUUAUUUCCAUGAUAAGGUAACAUUGGCAAAAGACGUCCCUAUCGAAGAGGAAGAUUUAGUCGACUAUUUAGUCGAUGGUAUCCCGAACGAUUAUUUACAAGAUCUGGCAAGGAUGAAGGAAUUCCAGAAGAAGGAAGAGAUGCUGAGAGUAUUCGAAAAGGUAUCCCUACGAUCAACAGCAAGAAACCAUCUGAGACGCGAUCCACGGCCGACGGGCAAGAACGACACCAAGUCGGCCGAUUCACAACAAGGCAACGAUAAGAAGGAAGAAAAGCGGGCGAAAAAUGACGAAGAAAAACCUAGGAGUCCCCGCUGUUAUAACUGCAACAAGUUGGGGCAUCUGGCCGCUGACUGCCGACAACCAGAACGAGAGAAAGGGUCAUGUUUCCAUUGUGGCGAGAUGGGCCAUCUAGUCAAGGACUGUCCAGUAAAGGCAACGACGUCAACGCAGGUUGCAACGGUCGACGAGGCGGAGGAUCAAAUCUGCUCGAUCUCAGACGGCGUAGAAGAGGAAGAAACAAUAUUUAGAGACAUUGACUAUGAAGUAAGCUACCCGUAUAAUAAUCGGAAAAUUCAAUUAAGCACACUGAUGGAUACCGGCAGUAAGGUUAGUUUUAUAAAAGAAAGCUUCGUUCCGGAAGAAGCUGUCGAGAUAAUCGAUAGAUCUUCAAGGCGUUAUCACGGUAUAAACCACUCCCCGUUGCAUGUACUAGGGCGCGUGCGACUAAACAUUACGAUUGAUAACGAAACGAAAAUUGAUUUACCUGUACUUGUCGUUCCGGACACGACUAUGGCAAAUCCAGUUGUGUUGGGCCGUGAUACGCUGAAGACCUUCGGUCUGGGGUUGAGGAAAUUAGAAGCUCAAGCGAUAUACGAUAUUCUGAAUAUAGAAACUAACGAUACGCGUGAUUUCAUUUCAGAUUCCCUUAGAAUAAACGCCGAAACACCUCAUGAUGUACAGUCGAACCUGCGGAAACUUUUUGUGCUGGACUAUCUUGAGCCCGAGAGGCCGAAUGCUCCGAGGGUAGAUAUAGAAUUAAAAUUGACCUUGACUGAUGAGAAACCAUUUCAUUUUAGUCCACGUAGAUUGUCUGUCCUAGAAAAAGAUAAGUUAAAGAAAAUGCUAGAUCACCUCCUUGAAAGGAAAAUAAUUCAGCCUAGUCGGUCCGAAUUCGCAUCCCCGAUCAUAUUGGUAAAGAAAAAAAAUGGUGAGCUUCGGCUCUGCAUUGAUUAUCGCGUACUCAAUAAAGUUUUGCAUCGGGACAAUUACCCCUUACCCUUGAUUGAAGAUCAAAUUGACGCACUUAGAGACAAAAAUAUUUCAGUAUUCUCGAUCUGA